UGCAAUACACAAGGACCCAGAGACGUAAAUAUCACCAGCUAGGUGACAUCAUAACUCAGGUCACCCACUCCUAUAAGGACACGAGGUCUCUUUCACUACCACCAUCAGCAGAGAAUCAAUUUCAAGAUGCACCCAACCUCUAAUUUCCGCCAGCAGGGAGAUAUGUCCCAGCGAUACUGGCAUAAUCAGCCCCCACGGAACAGAUUUUUUAUCAUGACCGCAACCCUCCUUGCUGGGACAGGGCUUGCGUAUUAUUGGGGUUACCGGGGUGUGGAACGGAGGCACAGUGCUGACAGUGAGUAUCAUGAUCACCUUCAGGAAAUUGUGUUCAGAGCAUAUUUCCUAGAAAUUUCUGCGAAGAAGUAA